AUGAGAGAAAUCUUACACAUCCAGGGCGGACAAUGCGGUAACCAGAUCGGCGCCAAAUUCUGGGAAGUAAUAUGCGACGAGCACGGCAUCGAUCACACCGGAAAAUACAACGGAGACUCCGAGCUCCAGCUUGAGCGGAUUAAUGUCUAUUACAACGAAGCCAGUGGCGGAAGGUACGUUCCACGCGCCGUCCUCAUGGAUCUUGAACCCGGCACCAUGGAUUCCGUUAGAUCCGGUCCGUUUGGCCAGAUCUUUCGUCCGGACAAUUUCGUAUUCGGUCAGUCCGGUGCCGGUAAUAAUUGGGCGAAAGGUCAUUACACUGAAGGCGCCGAGCUUAUCGAUUCCGUCCUUGACGUUGUUCGCAAGGAAGCCGAGAAUUGCGAUUGCCUUCAAGGAUUUCAAGUGUGUCAUUCUUUGGGAGGUGGCACGGGUUCUGGUAUGGGAACUCUUUUGAUUUCGAAGAUUCGAGAGGAAUAUCCUGAUCGGAUGAUGUUGACGUUUUCGGUGUUUCCUUCGCCCAAGGUGUCUGAUACGGUUGUGGAACCGUAUAAUGCCACGCUUUCUGUUCAUCAGCUUGUGGAGAAUGCGGAUGAAUGUAUGGUGUUGGAUAAUGAGGCGCUCUAUGAUAUUUGCUUUCGGACUUUGAAGCUCGCCACACCUACGUUUGGUGACCUUAACCACCUAAUUUCCGCCACCAUGAGUGGAGUUACUUGUUGUCUACGUUUCCCUGGACAAUUGAACUCUGAUCUUCGUAAGCUUGCUGUCAAUCUCAUCCCAUUCCCGCGGCUCCAUUUCUUCAUGGUUGGGUUUGCACCCUUGACAUCAAGAGGAUCCCAGCAGUAUCGUGCUUUGACUGUACCCGAAUUGACUCAGCAGAUGUGGGAUGCCAAGAACAUGAUGUGUGCUGCUGAUCCACGCCAUGGCCGUUACUUGACCGCAUCAGCAAUGUUCCGUGGUAAGAUGAGCACAAAGGAAGUUGAUGAGCAGAUGAUCAAUGUGCAAAACAAGAACUCUUCUUACUUUGUUGAGUGGAUACCUAACAAUGUCAAGUCCAGCGUGUGUGAUAUCCCACCUAAGGGCCUUAAGAUGGCAUCUACAUUCAUCGGUAAUUCAACUUCAAUCCAGGAGAUGUUCAGAAGAGUUAGUGAGCAGUUCACAGCUAUGUUCAGGCGCAAGGCUUUCUUGCAUUGGUACACUGGUGAGGGAAUGGACGAAAUGGAAUUCACCGAGGCUGAGAGUAACAUGAAUGAUCUUGUCGCUGAAUAUCAGCAAUACCAGGAUGCAACUGCUGAUGAAGAAGAGUAUGGGGAGGAGGAAGAAGAGGAGAAUGGUGCUUAA